UAUGGUGGGCAGUAAUGGGACAAUGAUAGCCAUUCGACUUGUUCGCAGCAAGCUGAGGAAGCGGCAGGAGGACGAAGAGGAGGGCAGGCGUCCCGACGCCGGCCGAUCGGGCGUCGUCUUGGAGGCGGCGCCGCCGCCGGUGCAACAGUUGCAACAAUUGCGCCCGGUCUACGAUAACAAUCAGCCGGUGCAACAGUUGCAGCAGGCGCGCGAGUUGGAGUUGCAGCUGCAGGAGGGGGGCUACGGGGGCCAGUUCCUGUGGACGCAGCCGCCCCCACAGGUCGGAGGGAGGCGGUGCCUGUACAAUAACAAUCAGGAACUCGUACAGAACCUCCCCUCCGCCUCUUCGUCCGCCCCCGCCUCCCCCGUCCCGUCGGGGGGCUUCGCGCGGGGCUUCAGGAAGAACUUGGGGGGCAAAUGGAGGCGGCUGGUGAGGAGGGGCGCGGGCGGGGGCGGCUGCAAAACCGCCCCCUCGGCCUCAGCCUACGCCAUACCGGCCGAAUUGAAGCCCCAAUUGAAGCAGAUCUACGUCUAUUGA